GCGGGAAAGUUAACUGGCCGUUAACCUCUAUUUACAUUUCACCACGUACAAACAACCCGUUAAAGUUGUAAACGGGCUGUUUAAUUUAACAAUUUAACUGCCACAUAUUUUGCCUAUUAUCUCGUUAACAGUUCGUCCAAAAACUCUGAAUUAUCACAGGAGAAUAUGGAUCCUAUUUUACAAUUUGCUGUUGACUUGUGUCUGGAAAGUGACAGUGAUGAUGAAGAAUGUGGGGGACACAAAAUAAGACCUAGAUUUAUUCGCGACCGAGAGAAUCACCUUGAAGACCUAGACGAGGUUGAUUUUGUCAGAAGGUUCAGAAUGUCGAGAAGAUGUGCUUUGAUUGUGUUCGAACUUAUUAAACACAAACUAGAGUUUGGGAGUGACGAGAAUUUUUCAUUAUCUCCUGUAAAUCAGCUGCUACUAUCCCUGAGAUAUUAUGGCACGGGUUGCACUCAAAUAUCUGCUGGUGACUUCAGUGGAGUGAGUGAGUCAACAUCACACCAUAUCAUUCAUCGAGUAUCAUGUGCAAUAGCAGAACUUUAUCAGCAGUUUAUUUAUUUCCCAAGAAAUGAACGAGAAAAGCAGGAGUCUGUUGAUGCCUUUCACGCUAUUGCAGGAUUUCCUCAAGUAAUUGGUGCGAUUGAUUGCACUCACAUAAAAAUCCCCUCACCUGGGGGUGAGGGUGCUAUGUACUACAGAUGUCGAAAGGGUUACUUUUCAUUGAAGUGUCAGGCAAUAUGUAAUAGCAACCUUGAGUUUAUGGACUUAGUUGCUCGUUGGCCUGGCAGUGUACAUGAUGUGACAAUUUUUAAUAACAGUAGGCAGAGAGCAAACUUUGAGGCUGGGUUGUAUGGUGACAGUUUACUUGUAGGUGAUGGUGUGUAUAAAAGUAGAAGAUAUCUCAAGAGGCCUAUUUCUCACCCUAAAACACUUGAGGAAGAACUGUACAAUCAAUCACAAAUUCAGACAAGGAAUCCAGUGGAACGCACAAUUGGUGUUUGGAAGCGAAGGUUUCCUGUGCUUGCUCUGGGCUUAACAGUUACGGUAGAUGAAGCCAUGCCAAUUAUUGUGGCUUGUGCUGUACUACAUAACAUUUUAAGAAAAAAUGGAGAUCCUCAGCCACCUGACGAUUCUGCUCUUGAGUUGCCAAUGCCUUGGGAUGCCCUGAUCGCAUAUGGACAGUAGAAUAAUAGAUUAACUAUGCUGCUGAGAGACAAGUUGCAUUUACAGAUCCUCACAGGCGAGCAUUGGUACAUGAUUACUUUAAAACUUUGAUAUUAACAAUGCCUUAAAGAACAGAAAUGUUCUAAUUGUCUUUCCUUUUACAAUAAUGUGAAUUGUACUGUGAUCAAUAAAAUAUUUGGAACAAUCCAA